CCCCCCCCCCCCGGGGUACACGAGCUCUUCAGCUACCUGGCAAAGAUUAGGCGCCUGUUGGUCGCAUCGAUCACCGAUUAGCCUUGCGCCCCUUACUUCCUCCCACCAUGGCCACCCCCUCUGCACUCGACACGUCCGUCGCGGCGGCGAUUGCUGCCAUCCACGCUGCCGUGCCCGCCGCGUACCAGCGCCCCGUCGCAGCCAUUGUCUGUGGCUCCGGGCUCUCCACCCUCGCAGACACCCUCACCGAUCCCAUCUUCAUCCCCUACGCGUCGAUCCCCGGCUUCGCCACCAGCACCGUCGCCGGACACAAGGGCGUCCUCGCCUUCGGCCUCCUCGCCGGCGCGCCCGUCGUCGCGAUGCUCGGGCGCCUGCACCCCUACGAGGGGCACGCGCUCCCCGCCGUCUGCUUCCCCAUCCGCAUUCUCGCGCGUCUCGGCGUGCAGGCGCUCAUCCUCACCAACGCCGCGGGCGCGCUUAAUCCCGCCCUCCCCGUCGGCACGCUUGUCGUGCUGCACGACCACCUUGCGCUGCCGAGUCUGGCGGGGAUGAACCCGCUGUUGGGCCCUGCUCAGCCACCGCUGCCGCGCUUCGUACCCCUAUCGGACGCGUAUUCGCCUGCGCUGCGCCGGCUGUUCUUCCUUGCUGCGAAUGAUUUGGGCUUGCCUGAUAGUGCGACUGCCGAGGGUACGUAUGCUUGGGUGUCUGGGCCGACGUACGAGACGCCGGCGGAGGGACGUUUCCUCCGGGCUGCAGGUGCAGACGUGGUGGGCAUGAGCACAGUGCCGGAGGUCAUCGCGGCGCGUCAGGAAGGCGUACCGCAUAUCAUGGCGGUCAGCCUUGUCACCAAUCCAGUGAUCAUCCCUGAGAAGUACAGGAGUAUCAAGGACGAAGUGAAGCAGGAGCUCGCCGGAAAACCUGCCGUCCUGCCAGCCUCCGAUACCGUCUCGCAUGCCGAGGUUCUGGAGGUUGGCCUUGAGAAGGGUCCCAUUAUGCGCUCCCUCGUCGAGCGGGUCGUAGCGCGCGUUGCAGCUGGGGAGCUUGGAGCUGCGCCGAUGGUCUGAAGCCGGGUAGUCUGAAGGCGCUAUUGCAGUCGCUUAAGGCAAAAGCUUGGUUCAACGAUGCAAUGGGUUCAGUGUUGGAUGAAGCGGAGCAGUGCUAUGGGCUAGAGAUCAUCUCAGGGACGUUAGGAAUGCAAUGGGUGUAUACUACUACUUGGUUGGAUGAUACUAUAAAGCGCGGCAUGCCGGUCGAUGUCACUACCGUGACUUGCAACAAUACGCUAUAUACGCUAAUUGGCAGUGCGUAACAGUACGCGCAGCGAGGCAUGUGGUAGAAGGAGGAAAAAGAUUGGAAUAUGAUGAGGAUUUUCGGAUA